AUGGAAGAGGACACUCACAUCACUACUAUCACGGAUUUGGAGUAUACCAUACAGCAGACAUCCCAACCACUCUCGCAGUCAUCAAUGAGGAUCACUCCGAGUCUGCAAAAUCUUGUUGAUAGCAACUUUGACUUGUCUCAAUCCAAUCGUCACCCUGACGACGCUGAAGACGAGGAUGACUAUAAUCCUCGAGCUUCUCGUGGCCGCAGUCACAGUUAUACUAGUGGUGAUAAUCAUACUCGUACUGGUCAUUCUCAUACUGGUCGUCACUCUCCAGAGGAAGCGGGUGGGACGGCAGAAGAAGAAGAGGAGGACGAUGAUGCAGAUGUCAUCCGUCCUCGCAUCAGUGUCGCCCAAAUGCAUGUACAUCAAAAUGCACGUGUCCUAUCUGGCUAUGAACGUCAUCUCUCGACUUCCAGCAUCGCUCAUAGUAAGCCCACAUCAGGCAAUGAUAAGAGCAUUCGCAGUCGACUCGAAAUGAAAAGUCGUCUCCAAGCCGAACGACGUGAAUCUGAAGCCGAAAGCCGAAGAACACCUUUUGUCGAUGGUCAACAACCUCGUCGCAUAUAUCAAGUGGGAAGUCAUUCAGCUCCAACACCUGGGUUUGAUGGGCGAAGACCUCGUGGUCUUGCAUCUGGAGAGGAGGGUCAUCCAUCCUCUGCUGCUGUUUCGAAUCGUAAACGAAAUUAUAUAGGCAGUGAUGAUGACCAAGAAGGAGAAGACGUCAUGGGCCGGAGGAGGGCAACCCCAACUCCUGUCCAUGAAGAAGAAGCAGAGGAAGCUUAUGUACGUCAAUAUCAUUUAGAGAAGCCUCGUCAAAGCUCAUACCAAGCACGUGAUUCCACACCACCACCUUCACCUGAGACCAUAAAUCCCAUAGUCAAAGUCGCUCGUAAUCAAUCUCGAGUCUCUCCCGAUGGGCGUGAAAAAAGUAUGGAAGAAGCCGCACAAGAUGACGAGUUGGAACGUAUUCUGAUAGAAGAACUCGGAGGCAGGCUACAGGCGGUGCGUGAAGCACUCGAAGAAGAAGAUCAUCAACGACAACAACAACGUGAAGCAUUCGAAGAAGAUGAAGAUGAGGAGCCACCUCAGUACGAGCGUGACCAGCAGAACUAUAUUCCACCUCAGUAUGAGGGUGAUACUCCUGACCCUGAAGAUGAACGUAUUGUACAAAAACAAUCUGGAACGAUGCCGAGACGUGAAGUUACUCCUACGACAACUGGAGCUGGAAUAGUCCUCCCAACUCCACCACGAAGUGUGAAGAGGCCUCCUGCUGGGAAAGCACCAGUUGCUCAAAAGGCACCUGUAUCUGCCAAGAAGUCCAUCAAAACUAUACACGCACUUGCAACGAAACCAAAACAGACCAAAGCAGCAAGGCAAAUGCGACAUCUCGGAAAGAAGUCUGCUCGAGAAAAAGACCGCUUCUCACUGUAUAUAUAUCGAGUUUUGAAACAAGUAGCCCCCGAUCUUGGCAUUUCGCGACAAGGAAUGAGUGUGGCAGAUGAUUUGAUUCACGAUGUUUUCGAAAGGUUGGCACAUGAGGCUGCGGUCUUGUUGAAGAAAGAUAAAGUCAAGACUCUGGCACCUAAAGAUAUCAAAGCUGCAACGGAACUCUUGCUCUCAGGAGAACUGAGACGCCACGCUGCUGCUGAAGCCAAUAAGGCCAUGUCGAAGUUUGUUAAUGCACGCUGA